AUCCAGAUCCAGGUCCGUGCCGCCGGAGAGAUCAGUUGGUGGUCGUGCUUGAGACGGAGCGGUUGGCCGAGUGCGAUCGUACUACAUUUACAGACCGAAAAUAUCGGCUACCCCGCGUUGCCCACAAACGUGGCCAGAUAAGAAGAUAUUUCUCGCCGGAAGAUUACUCUAAAUUAACAAUAACAAGUGCAAACGUGUGAGAAGAAAUCGAAGGGAAAACGAAAAGCGGAGAAAAAUUAACCAAAAUGCAAACGUGUCGAAGGAGAAAAGCCUCCGGCGACUCGGCCACGAUCAUGUGGAGCAGAAUGUGCCUGGCCAGUCUCUGCGGAUUACUGCUGCUUGGCAUUCAAAUCGAGCGAGCGGCGUCUGCGCCUGCAGGCGAGGAUGCCGCGGCCACAACGAUGCCCCCUUUGGAUACCACCACAGAUGCCCCAGACGCUGCUGCCACAGCCACCACAACUCCAGCUGCAUCAGCCGCAUCAGCCGCAUCAGCCGCACCAGCCUCCAAUGCCGUAGAACAAAGCAUCAACAUUGGCAUCGGCAUCGGCAACAUAACCAGCGAGGCAGCGGAUGGUUCAACGACUUCAACGACGACAACAACUGAGGCGGCCAACAAAUCGAAUGCGGCCGAAACUGAGUUCACCACAAUGUUGCCAGUGCCGAGCAGCCUGCCAGAGGAGUCCAGCAUGCGAUCGACCAGCAUUGAACCCAUCACCUCAACGGAGCCCACGACAACGCCGCGCCAGGAGACCGAGGGAUCCAACCAGCAGACGGUCUUCUCCAACACGGAACCGGAUCAGAGCCACAUCCAGCACAUUCCGCUGCGGGACGAGCACGCGGAGAGCAGUGGCAGUGACGACGCCACCACCGAGAUGCUGCGGGAGCAGCGGCAGCACGAGCAGGACCAGCAGCAAAACGAGCUGAAUCAGAUCUCCAACGAGCAGGACGAUGUGGUCAAGGAUCUCAACAAUUUCCGACAUCCGGCCACGCUCAUAACGGCCAGCAACAGCAACAGCCACAGCGAGGAGAACGGCGAAAUCGAAAGUGAGAAACGAGCUGAGACAACGACGCCAGCAGCAGCAGCAGCAGCAGCAGCAGCAGCGGCAACAACAUCCACUGAGGCAACAGCAACAGGUACACCGGCAACAGGUACGCCAGCAACCUCGAACAGUUCGACAACAGAGGCCUCAGUCCAGAGUGAGCGCGAAGAAGAUCCCUAUCAUGUGCAUAUACUGUCCGAGAAUCAUGAUCGCCUGGCCGAACACGAAGAUUAUCAAAUGCUCUCAACCAGCACCGAGGAGCAGUCCACUGCAACUACCACCACAGCAACUUCGACCAGCACCACAGAGUCGGGGCUUGUGGCUGGUAUUGUUGUCAGCCAGGAGAACAAGGCUACCGCUGAGCCGUCGACUGACACCGAGUCGACAUCCACGUCCACGACAACAGCAGCGCCUUCAACUGCAACCACAUCGCGCGCACGCGCCAUGCAUAUGAAUGAGCCAGAAAAUGAGUCGGCCACCACAAUAAUGCCGGACAGCGAGUCGGGCCCAGUGAUUAACAUUGUCGAAGGACAACACAUGCUGCAGGAGGAGGAGAAGGCGCUGGCCAAGGAGCCGGACAGCAGCUCCACCACCGAGGCCUCGACCACCACCCCACCACCCACCGAGCCAUCGCCAUUCGUGGCCUUCGCCGGCGAGGGCCGAUCGGCGGGUGGCGGCGACGAUGUGGAGCUGUUCCUGCACCACAACGCCAGUAGCCACGAGCAGUUCAUGGAUCUCAGCGAUGUCAACAUGGACGGGGACCAAAACGAGGGCAGCAGCAGCAGCAGCACCACCACCACUAGCACCACCACAUCCACCUCGACCACUGCACAGCCGGAAACGGAAAUGCCCAAAAUUGUGGAAAUCACAGCCAGCGGAGAUACCAUGCAGCGAGAGUGCAUGGCCGAUGACAGGAGCUAUAAGCACGGCGAGCUGAUGGAGCGGGAGUGCGACGAGCGGUGCACCUGCAACCGCGGCGACUGGAUGUGCGAGCCCCGGUGCAAGGGCCUCAGUUAUCCGCGCGGCAGCCAGCGCAGCAUGGCCAAUCCCAACUGCCGGGAGAAGCUGGUGGCGGAGGACGAGUGCUGCCGGGUGAUGGAGUGCAGCGAGCCGCUGCUGGAGCCCACGGUGAUCGCCGCUGAGGGUGCGGCGACCUCCACCGAGGGAGCGGGAGCGGGCGAAGCCGCUGCGACCCUGCCCACGACCGAAGACGAUGCCACGCCCAAGCCGCGCACUGACUGCCACCACAUGGGCGGUGUGUACAAGUUCCGGGAGCGGUUGGAGAUCGGCUGCGAGCAGAUCUGUCACUGCGCCGAGGGCGGCGUCAUGGACUGCAGGCCGCGCUGCCCGGAGCGAAACCACACGCGGCUGGACAAGUGCGUGUUCGUGAAGGACCCCAAGGACGUGUGCUGCCAGCUGGAGCUGUGCGACGUCACCCUGGAUGACCAUGAGCAGCCCACGCCGCUGCAGAGCAACGCCAACGAGGAUCCCGAGGAGCAGAAUCCCUUUGGCUUCCAGGAGCAGGGUAGAGAUGCCGGCGGAGCCGGAGCCAAGCCCACGUGCACAUUCAAGGGCACCGAGUACGAGGUGGGCCAGCAGUUCCGCGACGGCUGCGAGCAGUUGUGCCUGUGCAACGAGCAGGGCAUACACUGCGCCAAACUGGAGUGCCCCUCGAACUUUGGCCUGGACGUCCAGGACCCGCACUGCAUCCGCUGGGAGCCAGUUCCGGCGGACUUCAAGCCCUCGCCGCCGAACUGCUGUCCGGAGAGCAUGCGCUGCGUGGACAACGGCACGUGCAGCUACCAGGGUGUGCAGAUCGAGAACUGGUCGCCCGUGCCCGCCAAUCUGACAGGUUGCGACCAGCACUGCUACUGCGAGAACGGACGUGUGGAGUGCCGGGCCGCCUGUUCGCCGGUGCCGGCUCUUCCUCCGGCGGACCUGCCCUGCCAUCCGGCCCUGGCCCGCCUGCUGCCCAUUCCCGACGACGAGUGCUGCAGGCAGUGGGCCUGUGCGCCGCCAGUCCCCAAAGCGGGGGAGGAGGAGGAGGAGGAGGCAGCCACGUCGACCCAUGCCUCAGUCCCAGCAAAUGAAACCACAACAACGACAGCGACAGCAACCGUAGGGAGCAGUACCGCCAGUAGCAAGGUGCCCCCCGUCAAGAAAGAUGAGGAUAAAAAGGCUUCGCCAGGUGGCGCCUUCUAUCCCACCCUGGAUGGCAAGCCACCCAAGUCGAUUGGUGGCCUUGGCAUCUUCGAGAAGCCGGAGAAGCCCGAAAAGGGCCACAAGAAGGUGCAGCAUCAGCAGCAGCAGCAUCAGCAGCAGCAACAUCAGCAUCAGCAUCAGCAGCAGGAGCAGCAACACCAGAACGACGUCAUAUUCGAUGGUGACCGCGCGGAGGAGCAGGAAGGUCCCCUGCCCCCGAACGGGUUUGUGCCCUUCCAGUUCGGUCACCAGCAUCCCCAUCAGCCCCACCUCGGACCCUACGGCUUCUACAAUCCCGUGAAGCCAGUCUACGAGGACUACAAUCCCUACGAGCCCUUCGACAUCAAUCCCAAUGGCACACCGCAGGGAAAGCCGCCACCAGUGCCGACUAGUCAGUCCGACUUGUUCAAUAUAUUGGGUGCUGAUCAACCAGGACAUCAGGGUCAUCCUGGGAAUCCAGGUCAUCCAGGUCAUCCUGGGCAUCCUGGGCAUCCUGGGCAUCCUGGGCAUCCUGGGCAUCCUGGACAGCCAGUACCACCGAUUCAUACUGGACAACCGCAAAAAGAUAAUCACAACCUGGGUCCGCAAGUGAGAAUCGAACAGAUACUGCAGCACCUGCAGCAAACUGUCCCAGGUGGACCGCCACCAUCGCCCCACCAGCAACAUCAGGCACUGGCACCGCAGCAACAUCCGCAGCAGCAACAUCCGCAGCAGCAGCAUCAACAUCCGGGUCACUAUGUGCCCAUAGUGCACAGUGGGGUGCCACCGCCGCCGCCAGGACAUGGCAUUGCCAUUGUCGAUGGGCAGACUGUGGCCUACGAGAGCUACCCGGUGAUUCCGGGACUGGGAGUGCCCCCCCACAUCGGGGCUGCCACGCAGCAACACCAGACGACCCCGCAGCAGCACCUGCAGCAGACAAUCCUGCCCAGCUCGAGCACCUCGUCGGGCCUUUCCACGCAGGCCAGUGAGCACAGUCUGCACCAGAACCAGGACAAGCUGGCCAAGCAGCAGCAGUCAGGAGCUGGCAACCUGCAGCCUGACAUUGAAGUUCACACCCUGGAGGCAAUCGAUCCCCGAUCCAUCCGCAUCGUCUUCACAGUUCCCCAGGUCUACGUGAAUCUCCAUGGACGUGUGGAGCUGCGCUACUCGAACGGACCCAGCAACGAUACCUCCACCUGGGAACAGCAGAUCUUUGCACCGCCCGAGGACCUCAUCGCCACCUCCCAGAUGGAGUUCGAUCUGCCCAGUCUGGAACCAAACUCUCUGUACAAGGUGAAAAUCACUCUGAUCCUUCGCGACCUCAACUCGCAGCCCACAAGCAGUGUGUACACCGUAAAGACACCGCCAGAACGGACCAUCACGCCGCCACCGCCGUUCACCGACUACAGGCCAGACUUCCAGGACAUCUUCAAGAACGUGGAGGAUCCCGAACUGACGGUCAGCGAAACGAACUCCAGCUGGCUGCAGUUGACGUGGAAGAAGCUUGGCGACGACCAGAUGGAGUAUGUCGACGGGGUGCAGCUGCGCUACAAGGAGCUGACGGGCAGGAUCUACUCCUCGUCGCCGCUGAUCCAUCGCACGUUGACCAGCUACACCAUCCAGAACCUCCAGCCGGAUACGGGCUACGAAAUCGGGCUCUAUUACAUUCCGUUGGCCGGACACGGGGCCGAAAUGCGUGCCGGACACAUGAUCAAGGUGCGAACUGCCCAGAAGGUGGACGUGUACAGCUUCGAUGUGACCGUCAACGUAACCAAGGUGAAGACCCAGAGUGUGGAGAUCUCGUGGAACGGAGUGCCCUAUCCGGAGGACAAGUUUGUGCACAUCUAUAGAGCCAUCUACCAGAGCGACUCCGGCAAGGAGGAUUCCAGCGUGUUCAAAGUGGCCAAGCGGGACAGCACCACCGGUACCCUGAUCAUGGACCUCAAGCCGGGCACCAAGUACCGCCUCUGGCUGGAGAUGUACCUGACCAACGGCAACACCAAAAAGAGCAACGUCGUCAACUUCAUCACGAAGCCAGGUGGUCCGGCCACCCCCGGCAAAACUGGCAAACUCCUGACCGCAGGCACGGACCAACCCGUGGGCGACUACUACGGCCCCCUUGUGGUGGUUUCCGUGAUCGGCUUGGCCAUCAUGUCCACCCUGGCCCUGCUGUUGAUCAUCACCAGGAGACGAGUGCACCAAACGGCGUCCAUAACGCCACCCCGAAAGAGCGACGCUGCCUACGACAAUCCCUCAUACAAGGUGGAAAUCCAACAGGAGACUAUGAAUCUGUAACUGACUCACGAUGCCCUCCAGAAAACUAUAUUAAUGGCAGAUUCUUGUAAAUAUUGAUUGAAAUAGAUGUGGGAGAAAAACUCAGUGUCAGUAAAAAGUAUAGGUAAUAGUCUGGAAUCAAUCGGCGCAAGAUCAAAAAUUUGUUCAAAUCGGGAAUGGCCGCCAUGUUGUAUGUAGUGGUUAAGUAAUCUAAAAACACACAUCUUUUGUUAAACAAUUUGUGACUUGUGUAAAUAGAGAGAGAGUGAGACAGAAGGAGACACCCUAUGGAAGAACUAAUUGAAAAAAGCUCCACAACUAAAAUUGGCCUCGCUGGGCACAUCGAUUCUUCUAGCGAUUUCGAAAUGCAUACGAGUUUAGUUAGUUUAACUUGUAAAUUUUAGCUUUACACUUAUCGUAAUUGAAAGACGCAUCAGCAAUGUGACCAACAACAGAAGCAGCAAUAUUAGGCUCAGUGAUGCGUUCUUCAAAUAACAGUCCAUAAAUAUUUAAAUUAGCUUGUAAAACGUAAAGAGAUAUGCAUAUGUAUGAAUGUAUGGAUAAUAAAGAAAAAAUAAUAAACCCUA